CGUGUGUUAAGUCAACUAUCUUGGUAACGGAGAAAACUACAACAAAUCACUGAGCAAAAAACGCACGAGCCUACAGAGGUCAUUCGCUGCUCUACUGGUUGAAUUAACCCGACUGUAACCAAUCCCUGUUACUGCAAUGGACGGCUUUGAUUUAAAUUCGUCAGAAAAGGCUGAUGCUUCAGAGCUCCAAAGGAUGAUCGCAAUUGAACAACAGAAAGCGCAGUUUCAGGCCCAGAUGUCUGCUGGGACAAGUGCAUGGAGGGGAGCCCGAGUUCAAAACUGGAUUCACGGACAGACUUGCCUCGUGAACUGUGUUGACCGCUUCAUUGACACUACCUUGUCUAUAACCAACCGGUUCACGCAGAUGGUGCAGAAGGGUGCCCAUUGAUGGGAGCUAGACUAUGGGAAAUAGACUCUUGUUUUAUUUUGUAAAAUAACUGUGCAUUAUGUUUUCCUUUAUGUCUCGAACCCCUAACACCAUUGCCUAAUAUGCUGAUAUGCCACAGUACAAUUAUUAAAGAGGUAGGCCUAAAGUGGA